AUGACAACCACUAGCGUUGCCAUGCGAUCUCCUCGGCCCGCGAUCAAAUUAAAUGAAACAACUUCAACGGAGCCCGUGUCUAACAAGAGGAAAGCCUCCGACACAUUAAAAAACGGUGUUAUACACCGCCAGAAAAUCACCAGAGCCUGUGACUCGUGCAAAGUAAAGAAAACCCGAUGCACUGGUACUUUACCAUGCACACGAUGUACACGAUUGUCGCUGCCAUGCAGGUACAACGCUGCAUACUCUCGGGGCCUACCACCAGACCCUCUCCCUGCAUCACCGAGUCCACUUUCGACUCCGACUGGGCGUCGUGCAUUUGAGGAUGGGGAUGGACUCACGUCCAGCCCCAGUUUACAAGGCAAUUCUCGGGACUCGACUGUAAACGACAAUCUACUUUCAGCCCCAAAUAAAAACAAAAACCAGUACCAGCAUGUGUUAUCAUCACGGAAUUCACCGGAGCCAGGAUCAACGGACUUUGAGGGUAAUUACCUCGGCCCUUCAUCCGGUGUGUCGUUUAUCAAUCGUGUAUGGAGCCGUCUGCAUCAAGAUGAAACGACGCACUAUCCGGAUGAACUCCAAAAUGAGUCCUCGCGGAAUACAGCCGUUUUUAUGUUUGGUGAUAAGCCUUACUCCAAUCCCCAGGAGGCAGAGUUUACCCUCCCGUCUCUGGAGAAGGCGCUGGAGCUGGUGGGAAUUUACUUCGAUUACUCUAUGGUGACUUAUCGGUUUGUGCACAGGGGCAAUGUGGAAGACUGGACUAGACAGGUUUACCAAAAUAACAUCGGCCUCUCGAAUCUCCCUGUGGGAAAUAUGGUUGCCCGGACUGCUAUUGUUCUCAUGAUCAUUGCCGUGAGUACUUUGUAUGUGGAAAUGAGACCUGGGGGAAUGCCUGGUGGGCGGGGUGAAAGGUUAGAAAGUGAGCGCUGGUACGCAGCAUCGAAAUACAUGUCCUCUCUCGAGUCAGGACCGCCGCGACUGGAAACCAUCCAGGCCCGGCUAGGCCAAUGCCUAUAUCUGCUGUCGUCAUCACGGGCCAAUGAAUGCUGGUACUCAUUCGGCACGACAAUGCAGAUUGUGACUGCACUUGGAUUACACAGGAAGGGGCCAGCCAAAGCCUCGAAUAACGGGUGCUCGCAUCUAGAAUUAGAGCUCCGCAGACGCAUCUUCUGGAGUGUAUAUACUCUAGACAAAUACCUAAGCAUUAUGUUCGGAAGACCUCGAUUACUUCACGACGAGGACAUCGACCAAGAACUACCGGAAGAGACGAACGACGAAGAUUUACUGGAAGAAGAUCCGACGCGGAGAACAGGAUCAACAGACAGCAUGAUGAUUGCCUCUGUUCUCCAUUACCGACUCGGUCGUAUUCUGGGCGAUAUAUCCCGUCAGCUAUAUAGCAUAAACACACACUCUCGAGAUUCCCCCAUCGAGACCGCAAUCCGCCUAACCUCUGAACUCGAAAAAUGGAAAGAAACCGUCCCACCCAUAUUCAACAGUGUUCACCCAACUAGUUUAAUCCCACCCCUCUGCCGCCAAAGCCAAGUCCUCCAACUUGCCUACUCCCACGCUAUGAUGCACGUCACCCGCUCAUUCCUCUUAAACGAUUUCACAGACCUCAGCCGCAGACCGAAAGUCCCGCAUCCGAUGGUCAGCUCGCACGUCCAGAAAUGCAUCCAGGCUGCCGAGGACAUCAUGACAAUAACCGAUGGCCUCGCGCAUCAAGGUGUGCUAAUCCAGUCCUUCUGGUUCACGCACUAUGUGUGCUUCUGUGCUGUUUUGGUCAUUUACAUCCAUACCAUCCAACAGCACCGUAAGUCCUUGGGCGGAUCUAGCUCUGUCUCUGUCUCUCCGGUCGGAAGUCCCAAUGACCGAGAUAAAUUACGCCAGCUUUUUUCUCUCGCUGAGUCUUGCCAACAACACCUUGUUGAGGCCACGCGUAAGAACUGUCCGAGUCGCCGUUACGGGAUCAUUCUGGAGGAGUUGAGACAGGAGGUUCAUCGGCAGACUGGGUCCAAUGGGGUCUCUACUGAGACUCGGGCCUAUCCUUCUAGUGGAAAUGAUACUCUUUAUGUUUUGGGAGAGGGUUCACAAAAUGCGAAUGUAAAAUCGGUUCUCUAUGACACCCAGGCGGCUGAUUUCAUGAUGCCACCAACCGAUUUAGGUAUGAAUACGGGAGACGAUGCAGGCUUACUUGAGAGUCUCGAGGGAUCGAUAUGGUGGGCUCAACUUGACUCAUGGGCCUUUUCUAAUCCCCCUAAUGACCCUUCUACGUUUAACUUUUAA